UCUACCACGGUCUGCAAGUGCUAGUCAGAAACUAUCCUCAAAGAACACGAAUUGUCCUGCCCAGCUAGUUCUGACAAUCAAGCGCAUCCCUGGAAAACUAAGCAGAGCCAAAAUGAAGGAUCUUCACCUACCAGCGUAUCAAGUUGUUGUCAAGCUCUCCCACCGCCAUAACCAUGUGAUUGAUAGUGCUGAUAGCCUAAAGCAUAGAGAUGUAAGUGAAGAGACAGUUGCCAAAUUCAAAGACCUGUUCUCUAAAGGGCAUUCACCAGCAUCCGCUCUCAACACCCACAAGCUUGAUCUACAACUACACUACGACCAAGACUAUGUGUAUGAAGCUGCUGAUCGUGCCAAUUGUCCAGACAUACAGUUCUGUCACAGGCUGUAUCGGAAGAUCUUCAAUAAAGCCUACGGUGCUGCUAGUGGGGAGAAGAUGCUGCACGACCUGGAAGCAGCAAUCGAGUCCUACAACAGUGAGAAGGGUGAAGUGUGCGGCAGGAUCGACCAAGUCAAUGGCAAGAUCGCAAUCGCGUUGUGCAGCCCUCUUAUGAAACGUGUCAGCCAGAAGCACGAAUACAGUGGAGAACUUGUGUUUAUAGAUGCAUCGGGGGGCAUGGAUCGAUAUGACUGUAGGAUCUUCAUGCUUCUAACUCAUAGUGCUGCUGGCGGAUUACCACUGGGGUGCCUGAUUGUAACCUCAGAGUCCAGGGAGUGUGUAACUCUGGCAUUGAAACUGUACACAGAAAUAAUGCCUAGAGAUGCUUUCUUUGGCCGGGGUGCUCUUGGUCCUCAGGUGUUCUUAUCUGACGAUAGUGAGGGCAGAAAGGCAGAGCCUUGCAUCAGUGUUUCCACAGGCCACAUUGAUUCUUUGCGUUUUCCACUUGCUGCAGGCAGUGUGGAGGUUCCUGUGGGAAAGCAAGAACAACAUCCGAAGAGAGCACAGGCAACAGUUGCUUUUUGCAGUAAAAAAGAUGACUUUCGCCAUGACUGUUGAAUCACUCGAGGAAGCCUAUGAAGAGCUUCAGGAUAGUGAAGUUGCUCGUCUCUACCUUAACUUCAUAGCCCAUGUUGAAAAGCUCUACAAUCGUCGUCAGACAUGGGCAGUCUGCUAUCGUUCAGAGUUACCCACCCGGGGUAACAACACCAAUAACUAUGUUGAAGCUGCUAUGAGGAUCCUCAAGGACCAGAUCUUUGAACGUGUGAGAGCCUACAAUGUGGUCCAGCUCUUUGACUUUCUCGUCACUCGAGUAUCCAGUUACUAUGAGCGUCGCCUCACUGACUUGGCCAAUGGGCGUAUCGAUGUGACUGUCUCAAAGAAGUAUCUCCCUGGUGGUUCAUCGAUUCCUGUGGCGAGCAUCACCAAGGUUGCUGCCCACUACUACGAGGUCAAGAGUGAGACAAGGGAGAAUUCCACAUACUUCGUUGAUACCCAAAUCGGUAUUUGCACUUGCAUUGCAGGGAUGGGUGGCGCUCCCUGCAAACACCAGUAUGCUGUUGUGAGGAAUUUCAAUGAGUCCUCAUUGAAUUUCUUGCCAAUGAGGGACCCUCACUUGCGAGAACAGAUGCUCUUUCUUGCAACUGGUCAGAAGAAUGCGAGACCUGGAUGGUUUGCAUCCCUUCCCAUUGCUGGCUUGCCACAACUGGAGGAGCCUGUACGACAUGUACGAGGACCAAUAGAAAACCAGACGGGCGGCCAGAAUGAUGAUGAUGAUGAUGAUGAUGAUGAUGAUGAUGAUGAUGAUGAUGAUGAUGAUGACGAUGCUAUACCUGAAAACUGCACUGCAACUGCACCGCCCAGUGCCAAUGCGGCUGUUGAGUCCUUGAACGCCCAGAGGAUGAUGCAGAAUAGGUUUGAUGAGAGGAGCAGUACUCCGAUGGCAUUGCAGUCCAAUGGUGUUGAAAAUGA